AUGGCACCUAAAAAAUCGAAAGACGUUGCUGAUGAAAACUAUUGGCGUAGAAAUAUUGAGGACGCCAAAUUAGAUGAAGAAAACUGGAAAGUAAAAGUUACUAUCCUUGAAGCUGCUGACAGUGAUAACGCCAGAAACUAUCUUAACAAGUUCGAAAUUUUCGCUACGGAAGAAAAACGAUUUGUAAUAAAGAGCAUAUCCAAGACUGAAACAACAUUUAUGGUCAAUCAACUUGGAGGUGAGAAAAAGAAUAAAGAAGAUGAUAGUUGUCGUGUUUUUGAAGAAGGUCAACUUUACUUAAAAGAAAAGAAAGAGAUGCCGGCUCACGUUCAAGCUCUUAUCAUAAAGCAUCUUAUUUUAAAAAUGAAGGAAGAAUAUCUUCUUAUAAAAAGAAGGAGACUAGAAGUAAAAGAAGGUAUGCGCAGAGAAUCUAUUACGAUGGUUGACCGAAGCGAGAUAAGAGGAAUCGUAUCAGUCAAACCCCAAGAGCUACCUCCAUCACCCCCGCCCGUCAAAAAAGGGAAAAAAAAUGAUGUCGAUGCAUCAUUUUUGUUACCCGAACCGGCUGAAGACAAAAAAUACAAUACACAACUCAGGGUCAGAGGUGAGGAAUGGCGUGACAAAGUAUAUGUUGACGAUUUUCCAACGGAUGGUCCUAAUCUUUAUGUAGCGAUAACAGGUUUUGUUGAACCACUUUUGCCAGGUUGCCUUAUUUCAAUCGGCGUACCUAUUACAGCGAUAGUUCAAAUAAGAAUUAAUCCAAGUCCAACAGCCGAAACUUCAGGACAAUUUAAAGCUGCUAAAAGAGGUCAAAGUCAAACAGAACUACUUAAAGAAAAAUCUUUUAAAUUUUGGGACGAUUUACAAAAUUUACGGGUGCAAAAAGACACUGCGGAUGUUUUUACUGAUACCGCUUUUGUAGUUUUCUCUCCUCCGUAUUGGGAUAACGAAAAAAUGUCCGGAUCCCCUGAUAAAAUAUAUGACGAGGUUUGUUUUCUUCUUUAUGAUAUUCAAGAUUUAACUAGGCAACACGAUCAUUACCUAGAUAGCAUGGAAAUUAUAAAUAUUCCGUCUUAUACAAAUUAUGAGAAGUACAAAAGAGAAUACAAUCAAUUAAUGAAUGAUUAUCCAAUGGAAUGUAUUACUUUAUACACUUUAUUAGAUAACGUCCUUCAAAUUGUGUGUAAUCAUGAAGAAUUAGACAGCAAGAGUAGUAGAUCUUCAUUAUCAACAGCUUUAACUAUAAUUCAAUCGCCAAAUAAAAAUGAGAGCGACAAAUUACAACGAGCAGAAAAUUUAGUGAAAGAUGUAUUCAAAUCUUUAUGUAAAACUGAAGAUACAAAAAAAACGUACCGGACUACACAAGGAUAUGAAUAUGAACAUCAGAAAGAUGCGAUUAUAAUUAACUAUGGCGAUAUUGCUCAGUACAGUACUUUCCAAUUAGGAAAUAUAAAUUUGGACAAUAUCGUUCGAUCAUCUUUACUUGGAAUGCCCAUUAACAGAUUGUGGCAUAAUGUAAAAAUACCCAAUAAUGAAAUGGAAGCCAAAGCUAAUUUUCAUAAAAAUGUUUUGCUGUCAUGCUUUGAGAGAGAUGAUGUAGAGACAUCGGAGUUACAUAGAUUGAUCCAUAUAUUAGCUUUCCGAAAGCUAUACAAUAAUAGAAGUUCUUUAAAAAAAAGUGAUGUAGUUUCAAAAACGAUUUUUGACUUUAAAAAGAAGUAUUUAAAGCGUAGCAUACUCGCGGAACCUUUGUCAAAUUCACCAUCUUUAAAAAACUACAAUUUUUCGGCACAUUCUUUUCCUUCUAUAAACAAAAGUGAAAAUGGAUCUGAGAUGUCCUACAGCGGUGGAUCAGAAUCGAGAAGUAUAAAAUUUGUAUUUGACUGUCCUGAUAUAAGUGAAUUGGUCUCUGAAACUGAAAUCGUUAACGAAAAACCAUCUAGUCAUUUAAUCGAUGAUUUUGAUUAUUUUGAAGACUUCACUGGUAUAAGUGCCUUCCAGAUCAUUCUAGAAGCGUUUAAUACAUUCAAUUGCGUUGAUUAUAAAUAUUGCGAAGUCACAGAUACAUUUGUACUUAUGUUUUUCAAUAGUCAUAACAAAGAUGGUAUAGCGUGUGAAGAAUGGAGAAGCCAUAUACCAACACCAUUAUGCUUGCAAGACUUCUUUGAUUAUACUCUAGAAGAACACUACGAGUGGAUACAAAAAGAAGAAAAAGCAUAUGAUGAACAUGUUAUAUUUAAAGUUCAAUCACAGUUCACUGAUCUGAAUCAAUAUGAUCCAAAUUCAUGCUUAGAUAAUGUAAUUGGCGAUGAACUACUGAUUGAAGGUUCUCUUAAACAUCGAGAAAUUAAACAGAAUGAAGUAAUCAGUCCAGAGAUAACAGAAGUGAAAACCAAUUCUAAAAAAACGAUAACAUCGCCAACAACUGAUACUGAUUCCAAAACCACUAAAAAAACAAAAUCCUCGACACCUAACACGCCAAAAAAGGUAAGAAGAUCAUUUAUAUUACCAGGAAACGAUUCUGAGAUUGUCAUUAUAAAAAAACCUUUUUUGGGAUAUGACUUAGGAAAUAGACGGGUCGAAGUAUUCGGGAGGGAUGCUUCAUUCUUUUCAAAGGAUGGGACGAAAUUGAAAAGUACAUACACAUUGUUUCUACCCACAAAUUUAGAAUAUUUGACACUAAGUGUUACACCAGGAAACAGAGAAAAUGUCUUCUGGUUUCAUAGAGCACUGAGUGAGAUGGUUUCAAAUGAUAUAUCGGAUGUGUGCAAUUCAUUCAGAAUUUCAACCAAAGAUCAAGUGAUGAUAAAUAUAAAAUGUCAAUCACAACCAGGAGCAAUACCUAUUGCAAUGUUUGGUUGCAAUGAAGAGUCGAACUAUAAGGAAGAUAAUUUAAAAACGAACAUUCCAAUAAGCUCUAGCACUCCUGUAGAACAAAUGCUACUUUGCUUUUCCCUAUAUGUUACUUGGCCUAAUGGACUUGUUACAGAAACAGUGCACGAAAAAGAUUCCUCAAAAAUAUCUUAUAUUAAGCAAUACUAUGUUUGCUCUCUGAAUACUGACGAAAGAUUGCGCUGCGUAAACGUAAACGGUGAAGUUAUCAUAUUUAAAAAAUCUGGUCAAGUCGAAACGUUACGCCCUGAUGGUUCUAUUAUAAAAAUAAUAAAUUGUCAAAAAAGAAGUUAUAUCCAUUUACCAGACGAUUCCAUAAGUGAAAAUAGUUCUGAAAAAAGUAAAAAGGGUAAAGGAAAAGAUAAAAGUAAAGACGCCAAAGAUAAAUCCAACAAAACCUCAGCAAAAUCUUCUAAAAAUUUGAUAUUAGAAGACGAGAACAUUACAAACCCACAACAAAUGGAACCAGAGUUAGUUAUAGAAGAGUUUGAUACGAUUGAUACAAAUGGACUUCACGAAAAAUAUAUUAAAGGCAAUGUUUACAAAAUGAAAAAUAUACUUAUCCGAACAGCUACUGAUUUUUGUCUAGGUGAGAUUUUUUCUAGACGAACUGAUGGAACUAACAUAUUGCUGAACAAAGAUGGAGUACAAGUCGUAAGUUUUCCUGAUGGCACCAGAAUAAUCACAAAAUACGUUGAGGAAGCGGAAGAAAUUUAUCCUGAAUGGUCCGAAGAAGAAAUUAUCUAUUAUGGAUUAUUUAAUUCCAAUAAUAUUGAUUCAGAAUCAACGAAAUCUAAGGUAUCCGCGUCUCAAAAAAGCGGCAGAAGCUCUUACCUUGAAACUAACAACACAGUUGAUACUCUAAAUAUCUCUUACAUUAAAAACAAUGAGGAAAUAGAAACGGACAUAGAAAGAAAUGAUGGAUACGUUUCCGUUAAAAACAUAUAUACAAUUGAACAUAAAAAUUUCACCACCAUCACUGUUAAUACCUUAAAUGAAACGGUCUCUGUUGAAUCACCAAAUAAAACUAAAAUUACUCUUGACAAAUAUAAUCAUUUUGAAUUUGAUCUAGACUCUGUGACUAAAGCUAGUUUUAAUGGGGACACAGUCAACAUAGAUUAUACUGCUUGUGUCGAUUGCGAAUCGAAAACUAAAUGUGAAAUUGAAAUUAGAGCCGAAAAAGAGAAAAUCGAUCCAAAAUCCCUACAAAAUUGGUUAAAAAUGAGGGAUUCUUUUAAUAAAAAAAUUGUUGUUAAUGAAGAAGGUGCUAUCAAUAUAGAAGACCAUCAUUGUUCUUCAGAAAAUAUCAAUUCUGGUAUUUCUAAAAAUGAUAUCGGAGCGGAUGUUGUAAGCGACUAUAACUUAGAAGGAGUUGAAGAUGAAAAGUUUGAGGGCCCUAGUUUAUCUCACGGAAAGUGCAGGGAUGUUUAUUUAGCAAAGACACUGCGUUUCUUUGUUUUAAAAAGAACGUUAACCUGUUCGGAAUUGGUGCAUCGGGAUUUGUUGGAGCAAUACAAAGAAGCUUGUCGUUGGCAGCCAUGGUGCUCAAUCAACACAUACGACGUAUUUGGAGAUCGGCGAACUCUACUCUCAAUACUCACUCCAGUGCACCUCACAGAAUCUGAGAAAUGGCUCAUGGAUUCUACGUUAGCGGACAAACCUAAGUAUCUCACGUACAAAGAUUUAAAGAAAGACAGCGGUAAAGGUUUCUACCACUGGAUGCGACCUUACAAUCGUUUUACUCCGAGACCGGCCAAACCUGAGAAUGUUCUGCCACCCAGAUUACCUAGAGCCUAUAUCUUGAGGACAUUAGAACAACAAUGGUCCGAUAAGGAACGUGAAACACUAAAAGGUGCUAAGGAGCUUUUGUUUGCUGUCCUUCGAUAUCGACAAGUGUUGGAAGAUGACAGGCAAAGACUACUUGAUAUGUCCGUCCUCGAUCAGAGAGCUGAGGACGAACGCCACAUUGACGACAUCAUACAAGCUCUUGGAUACAGAAUUUAUGAAGAUCUUAAGACACGUUUGAGGGAAGAUGUGCUCAGUCGAGCGGAAGCGACGAUAACUACGGAGCCACGUCCAAAACCAGCGCCUGAAGACCUGUCUGCCGAGGGCGAGGCCGCGGAAGGCGAAGGGGAUGCAGUUGACCCAGUGGCCGGCAGAGGUGCCUGGUGGCCGGGAGGCGGAACAACUACUUGCUCUCGCCCUACUGCGGGGAUGCCUCUAUUAACUGUAUUUUCGCCAACAACCACUGCGACUGCUGUGACUUGCCGCGGCUUCCGCGUCGAGAGCGGCAAGUUCGGCCUUCAGUUCGCCCUCCUCUACCUGCUGACGGAGUGCUGCCAGUCGACUUUCACGUUGCCUCUCACGUUCAGCCAGCUCCUGCUCGUGCUCAAGACGUCGGCGCAGGAACGUACCAGUACUACCAGUGAUCUGCUACUGUUCCAAGAAAACCGUAAACAUUUAUUGCAAGAAUCGGAGGCUGCUGUAGGGACAAGUGAAAAUUUGAAGAGGUACUGGCGUCGUCGUAAUGAAGAAUAUAAAGAGGAACAAUUUUAUAGGUAUUUACUCAGAGAAGACAAUGUACCUCCAUACUUUCGAAACGUUCUCGGCGGUGCUAUAUGGUGGGAAAUGAAUAACACCGCUGGCGAGGCUGUCACAGAGGCCGAAAGGGCCAAGAUGAACUGUGGAUGCCGAGCACAGAGCUCGCGUAAUGAUGAUAAACAAUUUAUUUAA